AUGGUCUCGUCUGGUGCGACUUUAUCAGCACAACAAAUGCUGCUAACAACCUGGUUCGUCGUUGGAAUGGUCCCGUUCGUUCUUCAGACGCGAAGCUUCGUAAAAUUUGCGACGCCACACAAGAUCACGGAGACUCUCGUAGUGCCUUUGGAUGCCGUUCAAGAGACGGUCAAUUUGACAGAUCUAUGUCCUGCAUUAGGUUUGCAGAUGGCUCAAGUCUGGUGGAAUGUCGAGACAACGCACUACUACAACUUGAAGCAUGGACGCCUCUGCCACUUAGUUUCGCCUCAAUAUAACUGCCACGGACGAUAUGUUAUAGGAUCUGAGAGGACCAAGGCGUACCAUGCUGCGCCUUCCAGCUGCGCUAACGACAGUUUUCCCGUCGAAAUGUUCUUUUACCAUGGCAGCAUUGGGUUUUAUUCCUUCUACGAAGAAGUUGCCGGGACUUACUGCACAAUUGACCAUACGAUUUAUGGGCUUAUUCAUGGCCUCGGUACUUUCGAUAUCAACGGAUCGCUCUUAGCUCACGACAGAGGAAGCUACAGCUACCGUUAUUCAUACUGGUACGGCACUGUAGCAGUGGUGUGGAUUAUUUAUCGAGGACUUGUAAUUCGACGAAGCUUCAUCGCAUGUAAGCGGUAUGGACGACGAUGUGACCAAAUGCACGAAAGCUUACGACGAAGAAUAGCCAUGGUCUUCGUCCACGAGAAUAUGCGUCUUUCAGCUCACGGAGCAACGAAUUAUCACCGCUUCGUUCUUCUCUAUCUUCUCAUUGAAGGCAUCAUGAGCGAUCUGUUUCUUCUCGUGGCUACCGAUGGAUUUCUUGCCUGGUUUCAGUAUAUCUCGUUCGGCUAUAAUUUAUCAGGAAUGCUGUUGAUUCUGUUCGAGAUGAUUGAAAAUAUGAAGUGGCUACAUGAGAGAUCUAGACUUUUCAUCAAGCGCUUGCUAUUCAGCUACGAGUCGUCAUUACUCGGUGAACUUUUGAGUGCGAUCGGUCAGGCGAGUUUUCUGACGUCAGUAAACCACUCGGAUAUAAGGCACUCAGGACCAACCGCUCGUGCUGUCUCGUAUUAUGCGUGGGGCUUAGUCGGUCAUAGCGUCAUCGUCCUCUCACUAAUUGGCUUUAUCAUGACGGUACGCGUCCUACGCGCGAUCACUUGUGUGCGAUGGAAACAUGGUCAAAUUUGGGCUGUGUUGACAGCUCCGUGCUGUGUUGAUACUACCCUGGGGAUACGCAACAAAAUGACCAUGUUGGCAGGUUACUGUUGGGUCGACGGGGGUCUCUGCUAUAAACCGGAGGCGUUGAAAGCAUUUGGAAUGUUAAAACUGGAAGAAGAAGAUGGCGCGGAGUUUAUGCUUUUACGUAAACUACAUUGGUUCAAGGUGUCUACAGAGGAUUUGGUCAUGAUCGGAUCUGUGACAGCGCAGUGUGUACAGCCGUGUACUGAGCGACCGUGCACUGGAGUGGUGAGCUUUUUCGACCGAAGUUUAGGAGGCUCGCUUGAAGGAGGACGUCAUCGGGUUCGGUCCAUUUGUGUGAAAAACAAAAUCCGACCUUCCCCGUCAUCACAUACCGUUGAUAAAUUUCAGUCGUAG